UACAUCGCCACCGCUCAGGGAACGAACCUUUCAGCACCUGCACUUCAUACGUGCACCUUCCCGUCCUCCCCCCAUCCAUCGUGGCUGCCUGUCAAGGCCAAGUUCACGCUUUCGAUGCUCAGGACCUCGUCGACGUCUACAUCCCAGAUGGCCCUGAGACUAUCAUCCUCACCUGCGAGCAGCAGCCGUGCCCCAAUCGGACACCCCGGUCGAUCGAACAAGAUUACCCAUACUACAAGGCAAUCAGAAGGGCCCAACAUCCGCUCGGUCCCCGCAGCACCCUUGCAUCUCAAUCCGCCUCGUAGCAUUCUCGCCCUGUCUCCCCCAGCUCCCGUCUUUCCCGACCGGUUGCCAGUCCAAGUCAAGCGUGAGGAGAUCUCCCUCCAGACCCUGCGCCAGAGCCUGAGCCUGAAGAUAGUGCGAGUGAAGAAGGAGUUUCGGAGUCCGAGUCCGCGGAUUCUGCUCGGCCCGCCUCGC